ACAGAGCCAUCAGUGAAGAAACCCUAAAGACAUCCUAUUACCAUUCUGCGGUUUUAGGGCACGAAAUCGUCUGUCUUUCUCUCUUUCUGCCGGGGGCCUUCCCAAGCGCAGCGCUCGGUCUUCAUCUUCCAGGGGCCUCACUUCUUCACUCUUUCGUUCUUUCGUCACAGCUGCAGUUCACUGCCAAGGAUUUCGCAAUGGGUCGCAGGCCUGCAAGAUGCUACAGGCAAAUUAAGAACAAACCCUACCCCAAGUCACGGUUUUGUCGGGGAGUUCCAGACCCCAAGAUCCGUAUCUACGAUGUGGGUAUGAAGAGAAAGGGAGUUGAGGAAUUUCCUUUCUGUGUACAUCUCGUUAGUUGGGAGAAGGAGAAUGUAUCUUCCGAGGCUUUGGAGGCGGCGCGUAUUGCGUGCAACAAGUACAUGACAAAGUACGCUGGAAAGGAUGCUUUCCACCUGCGUGUUCGUGUACAUCCUUUCCACGUUCUUCGUAUCAACAAGAUGCUUUCAUGCGCCGGAGCUGAUAGGCUCCAAACUGGUAUGAGAGGAGCUUUUGGAAAGCCGCAAGGUACUUGCGCUCGUGUGGACAUUGGUCAAGUUCUGUUGUCUGUUCGGUGCAAGGACAACAACGGAAUUCACGCUCAGGAAGCCCUUCGUCGUGCGAAGUUCAAAUUCCCUGGUCGACAGAAAAUUAUUAUCUCCAGGAAGUGGGGAUUCACCAAGUUCGCCAGAACCGACUACAUCAAGUGGAAGGAAGAGAAUAGAAUCGUGAACGAUGGUGUGAACGCCAAGCUUUUGGGUUGUCACGGACCUUUGUUCCGAAGAGGCAAAGGGAGAGCUUUCUUGGACGCGGCCGUUGCAUCUGCCUAGAUAGGAAUCUUUUCAGCACAAAGCAUUGUUCGAUGUUCACACCGAGAAUGAACUCUAUCGUAAACGAACUUUUAUCGUCUGGCAUCGUUCCCUAAUGUGAUGUUUUAUUUACACCAAUCGUGGGAUCUACACACUUGAAUUUUGUAAGCAAAAUGUCUCAAGCUGCUUAGAUCUAAAUACUGCCUUCACAUUUGCUGAACACAAUUUAUUGUUAUUGCGCACGUGUCCGCUGACUGUCUUCACCGACUUGGCUGUUAUGAAGGAUCUAGACUUUAAAAAGCAUAUAGACGAUUUUACUGAAUAGAUAUUCAGUAAACAGGGUCCAACACGUGUAUAAUGCUGCACUGGAAAUUCGUGAUGUUGACACGCACUUUGUAACGUGGUUUAACUUCCUGCUCAAAUUUUAUUACGUCUCACAAAGACCUACUUUCAUAAUUUAA